AGUUUCACUUUCCCGUUUGUAACGUCAGCUGCAGGAAAACCAAAAGGAACCAGAUGUUCCUUGUAUAUAGAAGUCUCUUUGGCAUUUACUGAGGGCAGAGGAGGAAGAUUUCUGAAGAGCAGACAGCCUGAACCCAGCCCUUCAGAACAGCUGAAAACUGCACGGCAACCAUGAGUGAGACCACUAAGAAUUCCUUGGAGAGCAGCCUACGGCAACUAAAAUGCCAUUUCACUUGGAACUUGUUAGAGGGAGAAAAUUCCUUGGAUGAUUUUGAGGACAAAGUGUUUCACCAGACUGAGUUUCAGAACAGUGACUUCAAAGCCACAAUGUGCAACAUACUGGCCUAUGUAAAGCACUGCAGAGGCCAGAACGAAGCAGCCCUGGAAUGCCUCCUGCAAGCUGAGGAGUUCAUCCGGCAAGAGCAUGCUGGCCAGGCUGAAAUCAGAAGCCUGGUCACCUGGGGAAACUACGCCUGGGUGUACUAUCACAUGGGCCGGCUCUCCGAAGCUCAGAUUUAUGUGGAUAAAGUGAAGCAUGUCUGUGAGAAGUUUUCCAGUCCCUAUAGAAUUGAGAGUCCUGAGCUUGACUGUGAGGAAGGGUGGACACGGCUGAAGUGUGGAGGAAAGCGAUAUGAAAGGGCGAAGGUGUGUUUCAAGAAGGCUCUGGAGAAGAACCCAAAGAACCCAGAAUUCACCUCUGGAUUGGCCAUCGCGAGCUACCGUCUGGAUAACUGGCCACCAUCUCAGGACCCUGUUGACCCUCUGAGGCAAGCCAUCAGGCUGAAUCCUGACAACCAAUAUAUCAAAGUCCUCCUGGCUCUGAAACUUCACAAGAUGAAUGAAGAAGGUGAAGGAGAAAGGUUAGUUGAAGAAGCCUUAGCAAAAGCCCCAGGGGCGACAGAUGUACUUCGAAGUGCUGCAAAGUUUUAUCGAAGAAAAGAUGACACAGACAAAGCGAUUGAACUGCUUAGAAAGGCUUUAGAAUACACGCCAAACAACGCCUACCUGCAUUACCAAAUUGGGGGCUGCUAUAGGGCAAAAGUCCUCGAAAUAAUGAAAGUAGGAGAAAAUAGAAUGAAAAGAGAGGAGUUACUGGAACUAAUAGGAAAAGCUGUGGCUCAUUUCAAGAUAGCUGAUGAGACCAAUGAAAAUCUCUUUCGUGUCUAUUCCUUUCUUGCCACCCUCCAUGCUCUAGCAGAUCAGAAGGAAGAAGCUGAGUAUUACUACCAGAAAGAAUUCAGCAAAGAGCACUCUCCUGUUGAGAAACAAGUGCUCCAUCUGCGAUAUGGCAACUUUCAGCUGUAUCAAAUGAAUUGUGAAGACAUGGCCAUCCACCAUUUUCUAGAGGGUAUAAAAAUAAACCAGAAAUCAAAGGUAACAGAAAAGAUGAAAAAUAAACUGCAAAAAAUUGCCAAAAUGAGGCUUUCCAAAAAUGGAGAAGAUUCUGAGGCUUUGCAUAUCUUGGAAUUCCUUCAGGAACUGAGUGAAGAUAUGCAGCAAGCAGAUGAAAAUUCUGAGAAGGGUUUGGACUCCAGAAGACUUAUCCUGUCAGCAUCUUUAGCUAAGAUAGAGAAUGAGGACUAGAGAUACGAUGCCCAUGGGGCUACUGCUGAAAGGGAUCUGAAACUCUUCCACCAAGUUGGUAUUCAAAAUAUUUAACAAUUAAUAUGGCCUAAACAUGGACUAACACACUGGCCAUGGCACUAGGUCAGGAUUAGGGGGGAACGCUGCUGUGCCAGGCAUUAACGCCUGAAUUGCUGGAUCAUGGGAACAUUCAGGGAGUUCUGGGUAGG